CGAGGGGGGGUGCGGGGUUGGGGGGUGCCCGGACUCCUGGGCCCCCGUGCCCGGCGGCCGGGCUCCCUAGCGCCGCUCUCCCUCCGCUUGCAGAGCCGCGAGCCCUUGAGCUAAGGCAGAGCCGGAGAGGGACCCGGAGGGGCUUGUCCUGGCGUCAGGCGGGUGGAGGAUGAACGGAGAAGCCGAGUGCCCUACGGACUUGGAAAUGACAGCUCCCAAAAACCAAGACCGCUGGUCUCAGGAGGACAUGCUGACUCUGCUGGAGUGCAUGAAGAACAACCUGCCUUCCAACGACGGGAGCAAGUUCAAAACCACCGAGUCCCACCUGGACUGGGAGAAAGUGGCUUUCAAGGACUUCUCGGGGGAGAUGUGCAAGAUGAAGUGGAUGGAGAUUUCCAACGAGGUAACCGAAGUUUCGGACCUAACGGAGCUCAUUAUGGACGCCGAAGAGCACGUCAAGAACCCUUACAAGGGCAAAAAGCUCAAGAAACACCCCGACUUCCCCAAGAAGCCCCUGACUCCCUACUUCCGCUUCUUCAUGGAGAAGCGGGCCAAAUACGCCAAGCUUCACCCCGAAAUGAGCAACCUGGAUCUCACCAAGAUCCUGUCCAAGAAAUACAAGGAGCUUCCUGAGAAGAAGAAGAUGAAAUACAUCCAGGACUUCCAGCGAGAGAAGCAGGAGUUCGAGAGGAACCUGGCGAGGUUCAGGGAAGAUCACCCGGACCUCAUCCAGAACGCCAAGAAAUCAGACGUCCCCGAAAAACCCAAGACCCCCCAGCAGCUGUGGUACAACCACGAGAAGAAGAUCUACUUGAAAGUGCGUCCAGAUGCCACCACGAAGGAGGUGAAAGAGUCGCUGGGCAAGCAGUGGUCUCAACUCUCGGAUAAAAAGAGGCUGAAAUGGAUUCAUAAGGCCCUGGAACAGCGGAAGGAGUACGAGGAGAUCAUGCGUGACUACAUCCAGAAGCACCCCGAGCUGAACCUCAGCGAGGAGGGCAUCACUCGCUCCACCCUCACCAAGGCUGAGCGCCAGCUCAAGGACAAGUUUGACGGACGACCCACCAAGCCUCCUCCGAAUAGCUACUCCCUGUACUGUGCAGAGCUGAUGGCCAACAUGAAAGACGUGCCCAGCACCGAGCGGAUGGUGCUGUGCAGCCAGCAGUGGAAACUGCUCUCCCAGAAGGAAAAGGACGCGUACCACAAAAAGUGUGAUCAGAAAAAGAAAGACUACGAGAUUGAGCUGCUGCGCUUCCUGGAGAGCCUGCCCGAGGAGGAGCAGCAGCGGGUGCUGGGCGAGGAGAAGAUGCUGGGCAGCAACCGGAAAGGGGCGACGAGUCCCGCGUCCAAAAAAUCCUCCCCGGAGACCGGCAAGGCCAGCUCGGAGAAGCCCAAGCGGCCCAUCUCCGCCAUGUUCAUCUUCUCGGAGGAGAAGCGGAAGCAGCUGCAGGAGGAGCGGCCGGAGCUGUCGGAGAGCGAGCUGACCCGGCUCCUGGCCCGCAUGUGGAACGACCUCUCCGAGAAGAAGAAGGCCAAGUACAAAGCGCGGGAGGCGGCUCUGAAGGCGCAGUCGGAGAAGAAGCACGGCUCGGAUAAGGAGGAGCGCGGGAAGCUGCCCGAGUCCCCCAAGACGGCCGAGGAGAUCUGGCAGCAGAGCGUCAUCGGAGACUACCUGGCUCGUUUCAAGAACGACCGGGGCAAGGCGCUGAAGGCCAUGGAGGCCACUUGGAACAACAUGGAGAAGAAGGAGAAGCUGAUGUGGAUCAAGAAAGCGGCGGAGGAUCAGAAGCGAUACGAGAGGGAGCUGAGCGAGAUGCGGGCGCCGCCGUGCUCCACCAACUCCGCCAAGAAGAUGAAGUUCCAGGGAGAGCCGAAGAAACCCCCCAUGAACGGUUACCAGAAAUUCUCCCAGGAGCUGCUCUCGAACGGGGAGCUGAACCACCUGCCGCUGAAGGAGCGGAUGGUGGAGAUCGGCAGCCGCUGGCAGCGCAUCUCCCAGGGCCAGAAGGACCACUACAAGAAGCUGGCGGAGGAGCAGCAGAAGCAGUACAAGGUGCACCUCGACAUCUGGCUCAAGAGCCUGUCGCCCCAGGAGCGGGCCGCCUACAAGGAGCACACUUCCAACAAACGCAAGAGCAUGGGCAAGAUGCGGGGCCCCAACCCGAAGAUGAAGCCGACGAUGCAAUCCAAGUCGGAGUCGGAAGACGACGACGACGAGGAAGAGGAGGAGGAGGACGACGACGAAGACGACGAGGACGACGACGACAACGGCGACUCGUCGGAGGAAGGCGCCGACUCGUCCGAGUCCAGCAGCGAGGAGGAGAGCGAGGACGGGGACGAGAACGACGAGGACGAGGACGAGGACGACGAGGACGACGAGGACGACAACGACUCGGAGGGCAGCAGCAGCUCCUCCUCCUCCUCGGGAGACUCCUCCGACUCCGACUCCAACUGAGCCGCGUGUCCCCCCCCCGCGCCCUGCCCCGGCCCGGCUCGUAGGAACGUCGGGGCUUUUUCGGGGGAGAAGGGGGCGAAGAGGUGGUUUUUGGUUUUUUUUUGUUUUUUUUUGUUUUUUUCCUCCUCGGUUUCGGUCCUGUUUCCACCGCCCCCCCCCCGCCCAAUCUUCCUCUUCCUCCUCGAGCCCGGCCGGAGGAAGGGCGCUGCGGCCCCGGGGCCAAGCUCGCGGCCCGGGGGGGGGGGGGGCCGGGGGCGUUCGGGGGGCCCCAUGGCAGGGGAGGCAAAGCCGUUUCUUUUGCUCCUUCUUUUUUUGGAGGCUCCCUCCCCCCCCCCCUUUUUUUUUUUUUGCCUUUUCGCCCCUCACACGCCCCCCCCCCCCACCUCGCUACCAGCUCUGGACUUUCUAGAAAGAAAAGAAAAACAACAAAAAAAAAAAUCCCCUCCCCUCCUUUUUUUUUUUUUUUUAACACCCCAUGAAUGGGGAAAAAAAAAACCCUGCAGGACCCCCCCCGUCCCCCCCCUCCGCCGGCACGUGAGCCGAGUUGCUCAGGACUCAGCCGUUGGGCCGCUCUCGCGUUUCCCCUUCCUGCCCCCUUUCCUCCCCCCUCCAACCUUGCGGCUUUGCUGGAGCCGGAGCCGGGAAGGGGCUGGGAUCGCCCCCCCCCCCCCCGCCCCCAAUAUGCCCCCCCCCCCCCCCCGGACAGCGUGGGAGCUGCAGCGGGAGCUCCGGGACGUCUCCGCAUCCUCGGCACUUAGGAGCGAACUGUUACCGGCCGGCGGGGGGGCCGGCGGGGAGGGGGGCCGGGGCACGUGUGUGUGCAAGCGAGUGUGCGAGUGUUGGGGGGGGGGAACGCACGUGGAGGGGGGGGGCACCCAGCUCCGGCCCCCUCCCGUACCUGCUCGGUGUGACCAAUAUUUGGGGGCGGGGAGGGAGGGGGGAGCGGGGGGGCUGCCGGGAGCGACUGUCUGUGUUGUCGGUGGUUGUUGUGCCGUUGUAUUUUAUUUUAUUCUUUUUUUUUCCUUUUUAUAAAACAAGAAAUAUCCAUCUUUUUAUUUUAUUUUUCCCCUUCUUUCUCCUCCCACUUCCUUUUUUUUCCUUUAAUUUUGGAUUUUUCCCCUCCUUCCAUCUCUGUUCCCCCCCCUCCAACCCCUCCCCCGGCAAAGCUGCUCCUCUCUCGGCCCCCCCAGAACUCCUCCCCCCCCCCCCCGGGGGCUGCGCUUUUUGGGGGGGACAUAACUAUGGGACCCCCCCCCCAGCCAGGCUGUAAAUAUUGGUGCGGUUUGGGUUGAUUUUGGAGGUUCGAGCCCCCUCCCCGCCUGCCGGGACGGGGCCCGGGGGGGUGGCGGGGGGCCCCCCCUUUUUAAGCCAACGCAAGCACCAGCAAUCCCAGGGGGCGCAGAUUUGGGGGGCCUGAUCCUCCCCCCCCACCCAAGCCCCGGAAAGGGGAUGGGGGUAGAAAUGUGCCCCCUCCCCGGGUGAUGGGGAGGGGGAACCUGGGGCAUUUUUUUCUCCCAUGUUUCUGUUUAGCCUUUUUUCCUGUUUUUUAACCCAAAUCUCGGCGCAGGGCAGUGCAAAGCGGCAGGUUUGGGGCUUUUGGGCUGUAAAGCGGGGGGGGGGGCUGCAUGGCACCCCAAAUCCAGCUGCCCCCCCCCCAUAGGCACGUGGGUUGAGGGUCCCCCCCCCAAACCGCUGCUGUGACCACCAGGGUCCUGUCCCCCCCCAUAAGGCUCCCCCUCCUGGCCUCGAAUUGGGCCAAAAAACGCCGCUUUGGGGAAACUUUGGCCCAGCCUGGGGCUUGCUCCGGCGGGGCGGAGGGGGGGCUCACCCCGGUGCCCCCCCGCACGGACAAUCCUCCCACGUCCCCCCCCCAGGACCGGGGCGCAGACAAAAGCCCGGCCGGCAUCCCCCCGUCCGUCCGUCCGUCCGUCUCCAUCCCCCUUCCCCCCCCCCCAGCCUCCGUUUGGGGUUUUCCUUUCAUUUUCUCCCCAGUUUUUAAUUUCCCUGCCCGGUCCCCUAAGGGGAAACCGAUCCCUUUUCUGCUGAAUGUACCCAGCACCGUCGUGUUUUAGUGGAUGUGUUUUUAGUACAAAAAAAAGACAAAAAAAUACUUUUUUUUCUGUUUUAAAAAAAAAUAAUAAAAAUGAAAAAUUCUUACAGCGCCGACAGUUGGGGGAAAAGGCGUUUGCGCUGUAAGAGAAUUGAACCUGAGUGCAUUUUUGCACUGCCACAAAAACCCGGGAUCCUUUAGAUGGAAGUUCUUGUGAAUUACAUUAAAAAAAAAAUCAUCUUUUUUUUCUAAUAUUUAAA